AUGGCUUCCCUUGAUAUCACCAUCGACGCCGUCAAAGGCCUCAGCGACGCCGACAAGACGCGUCUCGUUGUCGCCUACCUCCACGGCAAUGAUCGCGGCAAUGUCGACUGGCAGACUGCGGCGUCGUUCACGGGUUCUAAGACCGCCAACUCUUUCCGCACCAACGUCUAUAAAGUCAUCAACAGGCUGACCGACGCCUCAAAGAGCGGAAGUGCUGGUGGCGAGGCCUCGUCGAUCGGCGCGUCCAAGAAGCGCAUGAUCCAAGCCGACGAUGGCGACGAGGCUGCCGACGUCGGAGCGAACAAGAAGGGAGGAAACAAGAAGCGCCGCCUCAAGAAGCAGGCCGCUAAGAAGGAGGACCUCGAGGUCAAUGAGGUUUGA